UUCUCUUUCUCUUGUUUCGAUUUCCAUACCAUAUAUAUUUGACAAAUCCAUCGACUUAAUUUGAAGACAGAAAACGAUGGAGAAUCCAACCGGACCUUGUCAGGUAUGUGGGGAUAUCGGCUAUAAGGAUUUGAUAAUGACUUGUUUCAACUGCAGAGAAGUUAGAGAACAUAUUUAUUGCGCAGCAGUCUUGUUACGAUCUGUACCCGGUAUAUGGUUAUGUCAAGAGUGCAGAACCUCGACUCGCGUGUUACAGAUAUCGCAUCAUGUGAACAACUCAACUAAUAGCGGUAAGAAAGAAACUUCUAUGCCGGUUCAAAAUGGUGGCUUGAGACUUCAUCAGCCUCCUCAUGUACCCAUGUUGCUAGCACAAUCAUCUACUAAUAAAGCUUCUUUGGUGCCCAAUGAUACAUCUCCAAUCAAGAAACACCGACCACCUUUUUUGGCUUUUCCUUCUCCAAAAAGAAAACGUAGGACGCUUCGGCUUGCAGAAGGACAUACCGAAGAAACUAAACGUCAAAGCUCACAUCCUUAAGUGUUUCGUCAAAUUGAUUAAGACAUGUGUGUUAACUUCUCCUGAGCCUCUCUUUGCUUUAAGUUGCUUAAGUGAGUGCAUCUGUAAUUAAGAUUUUUAGGGUUUCAUCUUCCUUGGAUCUCAAGUUACUUACAAGCUAUGUGAGAUUGGACUUACUGACAUGUGACUUGCUCACUUUGACAUUCCUUCUUUCUUACAGUGUAUCCUGUAUAUGACUCAUUGUUAUGAUAUCCAUCAUAUAUCUU